GUGGCAUGUGAAAGAGCAGAAAAAAUCCGAAAAGAUGAAAAAUUAUUAGUUCACUUCUCUAAGACCACAAAUGGCCUUGCACUCUCAACUUCCUCAAAUUGCCUUCAGGAGCAAUCAGUGGCAGGAAUAUCAGAAAUUGCAACAUCAAGUGUUGAGUGAACCGGAAAGUGAUUUAACAUCAUCCUCACUACUCUCGCGCAUCACCACCAUGCCUGCAGGCUUCUUUGAACCUGAUGCAGAUCUCCAUUCUUAUUUCUGCGAUCAAAAUCUUCAACUCGAUGCAUUUAUUCAACUUCAGAAUCAGAAGCUCCAAGAAGCGGUGGAGGAGAGCCGAAAGAUACAAUUGAGGUCGCUGGUGAGGACAAUGGAGCAACGGGUGCAGCGAAAGCUUGAAGAAACAGACAGAGAAUUGGAGAAAGCGAAGAGAGUGAAUGCGGAUUUAGAAGAGAAGAUCAAACAAAUGACUCAAGAAAAUCAAAUGUGGUUCAACAUGGCCAAGAACUAUGAAUCCACAGUAUUCAGUUUAAGGCAGAGUCUUGUGCAGCUUCUUCUGUAUAAUAAUCAUGAUAAAUCAGCAAAUAUUAACCCUGCAAUCGAAGGAUUUGGAGAGACAGAAGAUGAAGAUGACGAUGCCGAGUCUCAAUUGAUAAAACUUGCAGAAAGCAAAGAAUAUCGGAAAGAAAAGAACAAGAAAGAGUUCAAAAGAUUUUGCAGGGGUUGCGGAGGUGGUGAAGUAUCGGUUCUAGUAUUGCCAUGCCGCCAUCUCUGCCUCUGCAAAGAAUGCGAGUUGCGGCUUCAUAGUUGUCCUGUUUGCAAUUCUAUGAAGAACGCUUCCGUAGAAGUUUAUUUGUCUUGAUUUAUUGUAAUUCAUCAUGUUUUCUCUUCUUAACUUUGUGAACUAAAA